AUGGGCAGACACACGGUGCAAAUAUCUGCAGGGGUUCUCGAGUUAGAUGUCAUCUCGGCAUUAUCAACGCAAAUUUCUACACUGACCAACCAAGUCAAUCAGAUGACCUUGGUUAUUAACAAGCAGCAAGCUCAACCAGUGCAACUGGUUCAAGUGUUUUGUGAAGUAUGUGGAGAGGGUCACAUGAGUGACUUAUGCCCAGUAAAACCAGAGUCUGUCUGCUUUGUGGGUGCUCAAAAUCAAUACCGACCACAAGCACCUCAACAACAAUAUAGACCACCUCAGACUGAACAACAUGCAAUCUCAACAAGUUAUAUUGAGGAAAUGAUGAAAAUAUUGAUGGCUGACCAGCAAGCCCACACCGCAAAGAUGAUAAAGAAAGUGAUGGUUGACCAGCAGGCCCAAGCCACAACAAUGAGAAAUUUGGAGCGCCAAGUGGGACAACUGGCUAGUGCCCAAAAUACUAGACCAGUUGGAGCUCUUCCAAGUGACACUGAAGCUAAUCCUAAGGUGCAAAUUAAUAUUCAAUUGGUAGACAUCUUGCAAGAAGUGCCCAAAUAUGCAAAAUAUAUCAAGGACAUAGUGGCAAAUAAAAGAAGGCUGACCGAGUUCGAAACUGUGGCACUCACUGAGGAAUGUAGCUUAAGAAUUCAAAGCAAGCUACCUCAGAAAUUGAAGGAUCCGGGUAGUUUCAUUAUCCAAAUCUCGAUUGGUAAGCAUGCAGUCGGGCGAGCCUUAUGUGAUCUUGGAGUGAGCAUCAAUUUGAUGUCGCUAUCUGUGUCCAGACAGUUGGGGUUGGGUGAACCAUGCCCAACAACGGUAAUCUUACAGUUGGUUGAUCACUCUCUUGCUCAUCCUGAAGGAGUAAUUGAAGAUGUGUUAGUUCAAGUGGGUUCUUUCAUAUUCCCUGCUGAUUUAAUUAUCUUGGACUACGAGCCUGAUCAGGAAGUCCCAUUUAUUUUGGGGCGUCCAUUUUUAGACACGGGUCAAGCUAUUAUUGAUGUUUGCAAAGGAAAGAUAACGAUGAGAGUAGGCGAUCGAGUGGAGGUAUUCAAUGUAUAUAAAGUACUCAGAUUACCAGCCCACUAUGAAGAGCUAUCCCUGAUUUCUGUGAUGGAAAGUGAUGCUAAAUCAUUAGUGCCUUAUAUGAGCCCUAUAGAUCCUCUUGAACGAGCUUUGAUUGGGGAUGAAGAAGACAUCGAAGAUGAAUUGACGGGAGAAAUUGAGCAAAUACUUGAUAUCUCCUGCAAUUAUGUCCAUGGGUUUGAAAAAUUUGAGGAGUUGGAUAGGCAUAUCACUCUAACCCCUCCUAAGCCAUCUAUUGAAGAAGCUCCAAAGCUAGAACUUAAGCCCCUACCAGUACAUCUGCGCUAUGCUUAUUUGGGGAACUCUGAGAUAUUGUCCGUGAUUAUCUCAUCCAGCUUGACUAAUACACAAGAAGAAAAAUUGCUCAAAGUACUUCACGAGAAUAAAAAGGCUAUUGGGUGGACAAUUGCUGACAUCAAGGGAAUCAAUCCAUCGUUUUUCAUGCAUAAAAUCUUCUUGGAAGAUGGACACCGCCCUAGUGUUGAGCAGCAAAGGAGUUUAAAUCCAAUUAUGAAGGAGGUCGUAAAAAAGGAAGUAAUUAAGUUGCUCGAUGCAGGAUACAAUCAGAUUGUCAUAUGCCCAGAGGAUCAGGAGAAGACCACUUUUACUUGUCCUUAUGGCACUUUCACCUUCAAGCGAAUGCCGUUUGGUCUUUGUAAUGCACCAGCUACUUUCCAGAGAUGCAUGAUGGCUAUUUUCACUGAUAUGGUGGAAAUAUUUGUGGAAGUUUUUAUGGAUGAUUUUUUGGAAGGCAUUGUGUUGGGUCACAGAGUGUCUAGGAGCGGCAUUGAAGUUGAUAAGGCAUUUGAAGAACUCAAAAAGAAGUUGGUGGAUGCUCCCAUUAUUGUGGCACCAGAUUGGUCCUUACCAUUUGAACUUAUGUGUGAUGCGAGUGACCAUGCUAUUGGGGCAGUACUAGGCCAGAGGAAAGACAAGCUAUUUUAUUCCAUCUACUAUGCGAGUAAGACUCUUGAUGAUGCACAACUGAAUUACAUCACCACUGAAAAGGAGUUGUUAGCCGUUGUGUGGGCCUUUGAGAAAUUUCGGGCAUACUUGGAAUUUGAUGUAGAAAUACGAGAUCGAAAGGGCACAGAGAACCAAGAGGGAGGCCAAAUUAAAGAAGUAUUUCCUGAUGAGCAUCUUUUUGCUAUCACCCAAGACCCUCCCCCAUGGUACGCAGACUAUGUGAAUUAUCUUGUGAGUGGGGUACUUCCUCCUGAAAUUGAAUCUGAAGCUAGAAAGAGGUUUCUACAUGAUGUGAACAUCUACUAUUGGGAUGAGCCAUAUUUGUACAAGCAAUGUGCUGAUCAGUUGAUGAGGAGAUGCGUUCCAGAAAAGGAGGUAGAAUUAGUGUUGUAUGAUUGUGAUGCAUCACCUUAUGGGGGCCAUGAUGGAGGAGAUAGAACAGCUGCAAAGGUAGAGGCGAUCGCAUUGCCAACAAAUGAUGCCAUGGUGGUAGCUGUGUUUGUGAAAAAUAAUAUAUUUUCGAGGUUUGGGACUCCACAUGCUUUGAUUACUGAUAAAGGGACACACUUUUGCAAUCGGUUGUUGAAUAACCUUCUAGCUAAAUAUGGAGUCCGCCAUAGAGUUGCGACAACAUAUCAUCCUCAAACAAGUGGACAAGUUGAGGUGUCUAAUAGAGAAAUAAAGCAAAUCUUAGAGAAGACGGUGAGUGUGAAUAGAAAAGAAUGUGCUACAAAGUUAGAUGAUGCCUUGUGGGCAUAUAGAACUGCAUACAAAACGGCAAUUGGGACGUCGUCGUAUAGGCUAGCUUAUGAGAAGGCAUGUCACUUGCCUGUUGAACUUGAACACAAAGCAUAUUGGGCCAUUAAGAAGUUAAAUAUGGACCUUGAAGCCGCGGGCGAGAAAAGACUUUUGCAGUUGAAUGAGUUAGAUGAGUUCAGGCUGCACUCUUAUGUAAAUGCUAAGCUUUACAAAGAAAAGACAAAAAGAUGA